UUGCAAGUUUCAAGGAGACGGCUGCGGAGGGUCACGCAUUGCAGGACGAUCAUUACGCCGUCAACACUAGCAAUUCACACAGACAUCCUACAACUUGACCGCCAGUGGGGGCGUGCCUUUGCAUGCUUUGUUGUAAUACGGCCGUGCAUAUCGCGCCGACGUAGCUAUACACACUUGUUGCUGUAGUGAGAGGAACACAAUGGCGGAGGAAUGCACUCAUCGUAUGCCGGACAUCAUAGCCCAGAAACGGGAUGGUGGUGAACUAUCCCCGGCGCAGAUCAAGUGGUUUAUAGCCAACAUGCUACACGGCAGUGACGUGGACGACAGCCAAAUAGGCGCGUUGCUGAUGGCCAUUUAUCUGAAGGGGCUCUCAAAGUCCGAGACGCUGGCCCUCACCGAGACCAUGAGAGAUAGCGGCGAGGUGUUGGACUGGCCAACCGAGUGGCAAGAGAGCUUGGUGGACAAGCACUCGACAGGCGGGAUAGGGGAUAAGGUCAGCCUGCCACUGGCCCCGGCACUCGCUGCCUGUGGCAUGAAGGUACCAAUGAUAUCCGGCAGAGGGCUCGGACACACAGGUGGAACACUGGACAAACUGGAAUCCAUCCCUGGCUACAACGUAAUGGCUUCCAAGGAAAGGAUGACAACGAUCUUGAAAGAGGUUGGCUGUUGUAUUGUAGGGCAGACGAGCAACCUCGUUCCCGCCGAUAAGAAGCUGUACGCUACGAGAGACGUGACUGCGACAGUGGGCAGUCUGCCACUCAUAACAGCGUCGAUCGUCUCCAAGAAAGCGGCCGAGAAGGUCAACUCUCUGGUCCUUGAUGUCAAAGUUGGCCGAGCUGCGCACAUGCGGACGAUUGAGGAGGGCCGAGAACUGGCCGAAUCCAUGGUCUUUGCAAGCAAUCAUCUUGGUGUUAAGGCUACGGCUUUUUUAACUGCUAUGAGCACGCCAAUCGGGAAUGCCAUAGGCAAUGCACUCGAAGUCGCUGAGGCCUUACAGUGUUUGCAGGGCGGCGGCCCCGACGACUUGAAGGAACUCGUAUGCAAACUAGGGGGACAGCUGCUUUAUAACAGUGGGAAAGUCAGCACUCCUGACGAAGGCAUCGGUGCCAUCAACGACAGCCUACAAAAUGGCUCAGCCUGUCAUAAAUUUCAGGCCAUGUUAGUGUCCCAGGGAGUGAGCAGUGAGGUCGCCGAGAGACUUUGCACAAACCGCAUGGACUCUGUGGAUGAUGCGUGGAAGGUCUUGAAACGAUCGACGUACACCACGGAGUUAAAAGCCAAACGUAGCGGUUAUGUGGAGGAUCUAGAUGCUAUGGAGCUGGGCAUGGUAACGCUGCAGAUGGGAGCAGGACGGAUCGUGGCAGGGGCUGACAUCGACCACGCCGUCGGCCUCAGGCUCUUGGUGCAAGUCGGCUCCAAAAUCCAAAAGGACGAAAGCUGGAUUUGCGUUUAUCACAACUCCGCCCUCUCAGAGGAUCAGGUGAUACGGCUGCAGUCUGCGCUGACGAUUGGACCCAACGAAGUUCCGCCGCCACCAUCUCGAAUUCACGAGAUCGUUGCCUAAUCCCGGUUGUAGUUCAAUGAGCUCGCUAUUGACUUCUUCUUUUUAAUACCGAUUUAUUGUUAAAACACACCAUGAGAUUUAGAAAUUAUUCACGGUAUGCCAGCCUACGUUUAAUUUUUCGUUUGAGCAGCUUAAUCCUCAAAGAGCCAGGAAAGUUUGUCCCUUUUUUUUACCAUUGUAGCUGAUAUUUCAGUCGUCGAGUAAAGAUUAGCGGCUUUUGAAAACAAUUCCUGCUAAUGAUUUUAUUGAUUGAUAUGCUUCAAUAACUUUGCUUUUACCUGGUAGACUGCAAUACUUGAACCAUUUUAUCUCUAACUUAGCAAACAUGCAAAGCAUAUUGAAAAUCAAGGGCAGCUUAAAAAUCCUGUCUUUGCACGCCUAAGAUGUGAAGGAGUCGAUUCUUGUUCCUACAACUUUGUGGAAAAACAGAUGAUUUUUAUGGGUAGCAGAGCCUAAAUUACUGCAGUGAAGGACAAGUGUUUAUUCAAUCAUUCUACUUUUAUUUACCGUAAAAUAAAUAUAAGUAUACACACACAAUAUGAUUGGUCUGAAAUCAUACAAAGUUGGCUUGAUGAUAGUGAUGGAAUACGCUCAACUGAUUUUGAUUAAAUUAAUGGUUUUCAAUCCACUGAAAGAUUGUUUAGAGAGCCGAAGCAAACUAUUUUUCUGAAGAAAUGUUUGCUUUUAUUCAUUUGCGAGAAGAAAGAGUAAACAAAGCUUGCAUAACAUUA